AUGGCAGUUCCUUUGGCGCAGAACACGCCAAACAGCCCCCAUGUCUCGCAUCGCCCUCAGAUCGAGAGGUCGUAUUGCCAGGAUCUCGCGCCGAUAGAUUCUGGCCUCCCGGACAAUUUUGCAGAAGUUGUGAAAGGUGUUUAUCGCAGCUCUUUCCCCCUCGCAGAGAAUCUUGAAACAUUGAAGGAACUGGGUUUGAGGACCAUCCUUACUCUCGUUGACGAGCCCUACACAACAAGCCAUCUGAAAUUUCUCAAUGACAAUGGGAUCUCACAUCUCCGUAUCAUCAUUCCGCCAAACAAGGACCCAGAAGUCGAAGUGUCGAACACCGACUUGGACAGGAUCCUUGGAAUUUUGCUCAACAAGGCAAAUCAUCCAGUGCUCGUUCACUGCAACAAAGGCAAACAUCGUACAGGUUGUGUCGUUGCCUGCUUCCGCAGGUUGCAAGGCUGGGCGCUCCAGGAUGUUAUUGACGAGUACCUGAAGUAUUCCACGCCAAAGUCCAGAACACUCGAUGUGAGAUUUAUCGGACUGUUUGAUUCAUCAAGGCUUUCUCAAUUGGCUCAGCACUCUGGCGUCGCAUCAUGGGCGUCGUCCACUAUGCACCUAAAGACGCAAUCCGAACACAACGAGCGGGAGCAGAUUCCACCAAAUCGCCGCAUCUACGCAUCUCGAAGCGAAGUCCGAGCAUCCGAAGUUCGAGCAUCUUAG